CUUUGCCUUUCAGUUAGGCUACCUGAGUAAGGUAUGCACUGCAGUCAGGAAUGGUCACCUCAUCCACCUGAAUCAACAGAUUCCCUCAUGCCUGUUCAUAGUCCCAAAUUGACUCCCAUACCAUUCUAUGACCUUUUGAUGCCAAUAAGCAUUUGAAAUUGUACUCUUGAUACUCGCCUGGUGAUGUUCAGCACCACGCUUUCGUGAUGGUAUAUCUCGCAAUUUAUUUUGACCUGUCCUUGAUUAUUUUCCCUUGUUGCUUUGGCACACACGCCUCAUUUCGAAAGUAUCUCGCUCCGUCGUGUGAUAUGACAAAUGAACUCAGGAUAAUCCGACGAAUUGUCAGAUGAGUCAUGUUGGCAUGGGGAAAGAUGCCGCGUUCACGUGCUAUCCGAGUUAUCGGAAGCUCUUAGUUCCAAGUGGGACAUUUCAUUUUAACGACCCUACAAGACGUAAUUACAGGGAAGCUCGGAGAAAUGUUUGUUACCUGAGUUGCCGAGUUGUGACGUUUCACCACUUACAUUUGACCUUUUCAACCAUAUGACAACACGUUUCUCAUUUCCCACGAGCACAUGAAGCCACCCAAACUUCUCCCCCAGGAUACUACUUCUCUUGAGAUUAAUGCCGCGUUCUGAUUCGUUGAACGCUGCAGUUAUAUAACUACAACCAGCUAGGAAGUCGGAAAAAUGAUAGUUUCCUAGUUCUGACUAGCACUUGAAAGCGGCAUCAGUUUAUUAUAGACGCAUCAACAAGCAGGUGUGUUUACAAGAGCAGGUAGGCUACAAUAUUUCCAUCUACACCUGAUGACAUUGAUGCUGUUUUUAAUUUGUGUUAACGCUCUAAUUCAUGUUUUUGUGAUAUUUGUGCCUUAUCCCUGCUGUAUUUAGGCUACUUUAGAAUCACAUAUGUAUGAUAAAUGUAUAGCCUAAAUUUAAGUAGGCCUACAUUUUAUUAACCUAAAUCCAAGUAAAUAAUUACUUAUCUUUAUAAUGCGCUGUUCAUCAUGGCCAUAAUAACAUCAGUUUGGUAUUCACUUUAACAAUGUAAAUGUAAAUCCCUCAGCAUAUUCGUUUCACUCCGUUAUACCAUCUGAAACAGACUUCGGAAGAGAAAAAAUAAACGCAUUGGCAACACAAUGAGCAGAUUAAUGUACAAGGCAAAGUGUGUAUUAACAUUUGCAUUCUGUGCCUCUGUGCUGCUCUUCAUAGCCUACUUCACACCUACAUCAGUAAGGUACAUGGAGGGGUUCCUUCCCAUGAGCCGAUGUCCUCUAGCCCCUGCAGAGAAGCUGAAGCUGGGGAACAGUAUAGAUGCCUCCCUAGACCUGUGGUCCAGAGGUGAUGUUCAGACCUGCACUUACUGGGGAGCCCCUGUGAUCUGGGAUGGGAUGUUUGACCCAGAUCAUUACGACCAGGAGCACAGGAAGAACCACUCCUCUGUGUCUCUCACUGUAUUCGCUGUGGGCAGGUAUCUAGAUGCCUACCUGAAGGUAUUCCUUCUCUCUGCUGAGCGUCACUUUAUGGUGUCUUUACCUGUGACAUACUAUGUGUUCACGGACGUUCCCGAGAGGGUACCAGACAUCCAGCUUGGUCCUGGGCGUAGCCUGAAAGUUGUGAGGGUGCAGAGACACUCUCGCUGGCAGGACAUCUCCAUGAUGCGUAUGAGGGCUAUCGCAGAUGCCAUCGAGUCACAGAUUCGUCACCACAGCCGCUACGUCUUCUGCUUUGACGUGGACCAGGUGUUUGUGGGUCGGUUCGGCUCAGAGACUUUGGGAGACUGUGUGGCUCUGCUCCACGCCUACUACUACCACCGACCACAGAGCCUCUACACCUACGACCGCAACCCCAGGUCCAGGGCUUACAUGGAGAGUGGGGACUUCUACUAUCAUGCUGCUGUGUUUGGAGGCUCGUGGCAGACAGUGAAGAAUAUGACAGAUACCUGUUACCAGGCCAUCAUGGAGGACAAGGAGAACCAGGUGGAGGCUCUGUGGCACGACGAGAGUCACCUCAACAAGUACCUGUGGCUCCAUAAGCCCAGCAAAGUGCUGUCUCCUGAGUACUGCUGGGCCAGCAACAUCGGCUACCGUGGUGACAUACAUGUGACCCGCCUGCUCUGGUCAGAGAAAAAAUAUGACACACUCCGGGUUACAGAGUGAGUAAUCAGAACCUGUGUGCAAUAAUCUAAUGAGCAAAAGCCCCUGAAGCUUCAAACAUAGUCCACAGUACAGAGCUGCGAUAGUCUACAGCCCAAUGUGACUAAUGCCCAUGCCUUGUUCAGAGCAAUGAGGCUUGUAAAUAUGUCACAAUGGGCUGUCAGAUUAUUGGAGCUGUGAAACUGUGGAAUCUUUGGCUUGUGUAUUGAAACAGGCUCUUACCAAGUAGUACGUUUCUUGGUUCUCCUUUUGUCGCUUCAGUUGUCUGGCGGUAUUGUCUCUCCACCCACCCAGCUUGCUGUCUGUGGCUGCCAGGAAUUCCCCUGUUAAACCCAGAUGUCUAGUCUGGAACAAAUGGGAAAUGUAUGCAAACGAUUUAACUUAGGCUAUGCUUGCACUGCUUCUUUUGUAUGGUUUAUAUUUAUUUGAGGAUUAUGAAGUAAAAAUCUGUUCGAUAAAGUUGUAUUAGAUAUUGGAAA